CCGUAAGCUUGACGUCCGUCAGGUCGACGGACGCUGCCUUGGAAACGACAUAAAUCCAGUCCACGCACGCAGCUGGGUCGCGAGCAGGGACCCCAUAAUUCCUCACUUCAAAGGCUUCCGCUCCUCUUCUUCCUCUUCCUCCUCCUCCUCCUCCUCCUCCUCCUCCACCUCCUCCUCCAUCAUCCCUCCAUCUACCCAUCCAUCCAUCCAGCACGAGCUGCGAACAUGGAUUGAAAUGAAAUAGGGAAGGAGCGGAGAGAAGAGUUUAAAUAAACGAGAGAAGAAGAAGAGGCGAGGAGGAGGUGUCUGCAGAGACCGCAGCCAGCUCUGGACAGGCUCCUGUUGCUCCUGUAGAUCCGCUGCUGAAGGCCUGCUGACAUCUGAAUGGAGGCAACCUGAUCCACCAGGCGUAGACCAGCAUGCCGUUGGUGAAGAGGAACAUCGAACCCCGGCACUUGUGCCGUGGGGCUCUGCCGGAUGGAGUGACCAGUGAGCUGGAGUGCGUGACCAACAGUACGCUAGCAGCUAUCAUCAAACAGCUGGGCAGUCUGAGUCGCCAUGCAGAGGACAUUUUUGGAGAACUGUUUAAUGAAGCCAACAGCUUCUACCUGAGGAUGAGCAGCCUGCAGGAGAGAGUGGACCAGCUGGCUGUCAAAGUCACCCAGCUGGACUCCACCGUGGAGGAAGUCUCCCUGCAGGACAUCAACAUGAGGAAGGCCUUUAAGAGCAGCACCAUUCAGGACCAGCAGGUAGUGUCCAGGACCUCCGUGCCCAACCCCGUGGUGGAGAUGUACCACCGCUGCGACAAACCGCCUCCACUCAACAUUCUCAGUCCAUACAGAGACGACAAGAAGGACGCUCUGAAGUUCUACACCGACCCCUCCUACUUCUUCAACCUGUGGAAGGAGAAGAUGCUGCAGGCCACCGAGGACAAGCGCAAAGAGAAGAGGCGACAGAAGGGCUGUCCGGCCCACCCUGACAGGCCCCACUCCAGACAGGCCCCACCCAGGAGCCCCCUGUCCAUCUCUGAGCAGCAGAGGCAGGUUGAAGAUCCGAGCAGAGAGGUGAAGAAGGUGCGUAAGGCUCGUAACCGGCGUCAGGAGUGGAACGUCCUGGCCUACGACAAAGAGUUCAGACCAGAUGCCAGGCUCACUCCCUCUCCCUACCAUGGCAUGUCCUCUGAAGGCUCGCUGUCCCCUGAUAGCAGAUCAAUGGCGUCCGACUCCUACCCGGCCAGCCCCAACCACCCCUCCGGCCAGGCCCCCAACACCGCCCACCCCAUUGACCACCACGCCAGGGAUCACCUCAGUGCCGCAGCCCAGACCCAGUCUCUGGAUCGGGGCCUCAGGCCGGCAAACCAGCCUCCGGGAGCGGGAGGAGCAGCGCCACCGGGUCGACACGUGGCCUCCCUUGGCAGGGCCCCAUCGGGACACGGGGUCCCGGCAGGUGGUGAUCCCACGGUCAAUGGGCCGAGGCAGCAGUCGGUCAAGGACUACCGUGCUGGGCAUGGCGGGCAGCCUUCCACUAUUCCAGAGUACUAUAUCCCACCGGCGCCUCCCCCACCUCCCCCAACCAUCCCUUCAGCCCAGACUGCCUUCGACUCCACCACGGCCCCACCCUCCGCUCCCGCCUCUGCCGUCCCCCCGACCUCCUCCGCCCUAUCCCGUCCCUACUCCCCCUCUCCUCCUCCUCCCCCAGCCAAUUACGUGCCCUCCCCCUCCCACCCGCCCUCAGGUGCACCCCCGGCUGCGCCCCCGCCUCCACCUCCGGGCGUCCCCGCGGGACACCUGGCCCACCCGUCUCCGCCGCACGCCGCUGUCGGUCAGACAGCUGUGGACGGAGCGCCCUCCGCAAGGAAGUCCACCAUGCUGGGGAUGAUCCCGAUGAGCGACGCGCGCUCCGACCUGCUGGCCGCCAUACGUAGAGGUAUCCAGCUGAGGAAGGUGCAGGAGCAGAGGGAGCAGGAGGCAAAGCGGGAGCCCGUUGGCAACGAUGUGGCCACCAUCCUAUCGCGCCGCAUCGCAGUGGAGUACAGCGAGUCCGAUGACGACUCUGAGCUGGACGAGAACGAGUGGUCUGACUAGGAGAAAUAAUUAAAUAGCUUCGUUAAAGAGAAUGAGAUAAAGAUGGGGGCAUGGUGGCGUGAGCUAACAGAGAGAGUGUGAGGGGGAGAAAUGUGACGCUGAGGUGGAUAUGAUGAGAUUUGGUUCGUUUUAAUGUCCAUUAUUAACCUUUUAACAAGACAGGUUCUGUAAAGAAAUCAGCCAUUCACUCUGCAUCAUCUGUUGCAUUCUCUCUGAACACUCAGCAACAGGUUGAUCAUUUCAGCUCGCUUGGUUUCCCCUGACGACACUUAUUAUCGAACUGGAACGCGAGAGGUAUUUGUAUCUAAUCACCCAGGGUGUGCGACACACUAAACACCAUUUCACCGCCCUCUCGCCCCCAUCCGCUCAUCCUGAAACACUUAGCUGUGAAAAACAAACGCGCUUCUCUCCCUUCAUAUCUGAGUGGUGAUUAUUAGCAAUAUUACAGACUCUCAAGCUGUACGUAGGCGGACCCCCAUAGAGUGCGAGGGUGUUGUGUUUACAAAACACAUGGUAUAGCACAAAAAAAAGAAGAACUAAUUACAGUGCAAUCUUAACGUAUCUGCCAAAUAGUAAAAAAGAAUUUAUGAAAAUGAUCCAGGAUAAUCAGGGGCAAAUAUUAGCUUAUUCGCAAAUUAGUCUGCUUUACAGGGCUGUGGCUGUUUAAGAAACACGCAUACUCUUGUAAAGAGACACUGGCCUCUUGGGCGUUUGAUCUACUGUUGGUCUUUACUAACCAGCGGCAACAUUAUCUCAAUCUGUAAUGAGCUCUGGUUGGUGUGCCACCUGUUGAAUACCUAGCAUAAUGGGUAGCUAAAGCUAACAAUUAGAUAAAAUUCCAACAGGCUAAUCCUGUUAUUACCUAGCUUUAUUUUAGUGUGGUAGUCUGCUGGCUACAGUUAUCUUAGUUCUCCAGCACAAGUUGUUUUCCUCACAGAGGAAGUUAGCAAAGCUAGCUAAAUAGCUAAUAACUAUUUAUCACUGGUUUGUUAUGGACUUGAGCCAAAUCAAAGACAGACUAAAUUGCCAAAUUUGUACAGUAUAUUCAUAUAUAUAGCUCAAGAGCUUUAUUAUAUAUCAUUGAAAAUGAAAAUCAUUGUUUUGACUGAUCAUAAUCCCAGUGGUAAAACAUUAAUAAUUGGGGGCGUGGGGAAAAAAAAGUAGCAUUCAAAAUGCUGAGAAAAUCUUUCAAUUUAAAUUUUUUUUAGAAACAACUAUUUUAAUUUUAAUUCUAAUUUGUAGUUGGGUUUAAAUAUGAACUUAACUUUAAAUAUGAACUUUGAAGCACCAGACAGGACCUGCAUUGAGAAAUGUAACGCUGGUUCUACGGUAAAGUUUUGCGUGAAGUAAUUAGAAAGAUAAACUCCCAAGAGUCAAUGUAGCUCUUCAACUCAUACCUUUAAGAUUGUGACGUACAUUAGUUUGUAACAAAACUGUGAAGAAAGACGCCACCCACCUGGAUUAUGCUGGUUUGGGAUAAGUUUAGGGAUAACUGCAGCCUCCAUAUCAGUGCGUUGAACAGUCAUGCAAGAGCACAUGUCAUUACUUAGCCUGUGUUUGUAUUCUUUUUGUAGUCAUUCAUAACUCAAAGCCUAACAUUACAACCAGUGACUGUGUGCUGUGGUCUUAUAUAAACGCUUCCAUGCGUAAACACAAAGCUCGUCAUCCUGGUCCAGGGUCAAAGGUCAUGUCCACUCAGCCAUGUGAGUGACCCUGGGUCAUACUGCUGUCCAUGGAGGCUUUGUGAACGCAGCCCCUGGACUAUAAAUACAUACGUGUAAGAGACUUGCAACAGUAAUAUCCAGUAUAUUCUCUCUUUAUCUCUUUUCAGUAUAGGUUUGGCUGAUCCUCAGUAUGAGCUGAUUGGACUGUAGUGUUUUUAUAAUGUGCUUUUUCUUUUUAAAAUGUGCUGCAGUGAGUCGUUCACAUUGGUUUGCUUUAGGGUUUUCUAACUGUCAGGGUUACACCAGAUAAAAACAGGUCACCAGAGAAGCCAGUUAAAGGAGGAGCCCUACUAUUUUUUUUUCUUUUUAAUACAAUAUUGACCCAAUUCAUUUAUCUAUUCUUGACCCAAAGCAGAUAUCCCACAAAAAAAAAAAAAACUUGUAUUCUUUAUGUAUUUCUGGUUGAUUCGACUUUCUAUUUUUGACGCUUAUUCUUAAUAGCCAAGCAUUAUGGUGAAUGUAAUGCUACGUAAAUGACUGAAAAUGUUCAGUCAUUUAAAUUUACUGACACCAGUUUCAAGUUGUUUUUAUUCGUUCAUGUGCAUUUACAUGUGCAUUUUAAAAAGUCUAAUUGUGGUAAUCCAGUUCAACAUUGAAAGAUAUUGCCUGCAUCACCAGAUUUUAGCUACAUUCAUGAUAGAUCUUAAUCUUAUUCUAAACUACUAGAAAUUUGAAUUAAAUCUGAGGAAACAAUGUUGAAACAACAAUUUUUUGACCCCAAUUUUAACCUACGUAUCUUGAUGUUUAUUGACUUGACGUUCCGGAGGUAUUUAACAACUUUGAUUUUGACAUUUUGAAAGGGUUAGGGCUCAUAAGUAGUUAUUUUCUUGCUGUAUAUAAACACAAUAGUUGACUCAACGACUGCACUCUGUUAUACAAGUCACAUAUGGAUGUAGGACUGGGUGAUAUGUUGAUGGAUUCUUGGUAUCCUCCCUUAUCGUCUGGAAGGAAAUGUGCCAAGACCUUCAUUUGUGGACAUUAUUAUUACCGAAGCAAAAAAAAAAAAAAAGCACAUAUGAACAGCCAGCGUACGGAGUUACCGUAGACUUGGGUGAGAUUUAACUUGAAAAAAAAAAUGCUUUGUAUUGUAACAGAGCCAUGAAACCUGCUACAACCUGAAUGGAGUAGAAAUCUGGAGGAAAUGUAACCUUGGUCUGAUUGUUGGGAUUGUUAAUUCUAUGGUUGUGUUGUUGCCCAGUAACCAUAGAUAUACUGAGUUAUGAUGUUUACUCCAUACUGAUGUGCUGACACUGAUAUUGACAAGUUCUCAAGCAUCCAGAGAAUUAUUUUAUCUCCACACAAAACAAAGCAGAGUCUUGUAUUUCUGGUCACAUGAAGCAGAGGCACCCAAAGGCCGAGCUUUCUGUCCGAUCCGUACCUUCUGUAUCUAUGGCUACUGGCUUGUAAGAAAACUACGUUACGUGUUGAAAAUGUGGGAAAUGAUGUUGUAUAGACUUUUGGUAAGGAAGCCUGUAAAGUUAAAGUACAGUUGGGUAAUAUAACCUAGACUACAAAAUAAAACUGUGUAUUGCACACUAAAAGUCAACUGUAAGCAAGUAUGCAUGUAACUAUAGACAAUAAAUGGUGAAAAAAAAAAAAA